UACAGCUAUAAUUUUGUUUUCUGUGAUUAAAUAAUUUGCUUUCAACUUUAUUUUUAAUUUAAAAAUGUGCGAUCUCAACGAUAAUGAAAGUAAUGAAAGAUGUGAGGAAAAAUCAAAAUCAAAAUCAAAUCAUUCUAAAUGGCGUUCGAAUACCAAAAAGGCAACGUCUGAGAUAUUUUACGAAUAUUGUUCAAAUACCUCAAUCCAUGGAGUUCAAUAUUUUGGACAAAGACGUCCAAUAACUGAACAAAUAUUUUGGAUAUUGGUUUUUCUGGUGUCCAUUGUUUGUUGUUUUAGCUUAAUCAUGAGUGUUUAUCAUAAAUGGAAUGAAACACCAGUAAUUGUUAGUUUUUCAGAAAAAACAACGCCCGUUUGGAAUAUACCUUUUCCAGCUAUAACCAUUUGUUCAGAAACAAAACGGAUACUUAAGACUGAGGGUAUGACAUAUGCAAACUUUUACAACAAUUUAACUUCAAGUAUUAGAGCUGGAGAAAAAUAUACACCCACAAAUAUUACCAAAGACGAGCUAGAUGAAUUUCGUACUUUGCUACAUAUUUGUAACACUCAAAUUAUUGAUAAAGGUAUGCCUUUAUUGUCGACCAGUAAAAUCGAUUAUUAUGAUAUAUUAAAUCAAAUGCUACCAAGUUUUGAAAGAUAUUUUUUCUUUUGUAAAUGGUUUAAUCAUUUUGGUACAUGUGAUACACUUUUUAAAAAAACCUAUACAGAAGAGGGAAUAUGUUAUACUUUCAAUGGAUUAAGUUCAAAAGAUCUUUAUCGUGAAGAUACGUAUCAGCAUAAUCAUUUUGACUCCCAUAAUGCAAUCGAAUAUUCGGAGUAUUCGAAUCGUACUCUUAGUUGGUCAUUACAAAAUGGUUACGAUACCGACAGUGGUUUCAAAACAUAUCCAGCUAGAGUUUUAGGUGCAGGGGCAAGAGCUGGCAUUUUUAUUGCUUUACAAAGUUUUAAGCAAGAAACUGAUUAUUAUUGCCGUGGUCCAAUACAAGGAUUUAAAGUUUUACUUCAUUCACCUGAUGAUGUUCCACAUGUAUCAAAAGAUUUUGUACGAAUACCAACGGGUAAAGAAGUUUUAAUUGCCGUAAAACCAAACAUGAUAACAACAUCUAUUGGAAUAGAUGAUUAUCAUCCAUUACGCCGCCAGUGUUUUCUUCAUAACGAACGUCAAUUAAGAUUCUUUAAAAUUUAUACUCAGUCAAAUUGUGAAUUAGAAUGCUUAGCAAAUUUUACUCUGGAAAAAUGUGGCUGUGUGAAGUUUUCUAUGCCACGUUCUCUAUACACACCUGUUUGUAAUGAGGAUAAAAUAUACUGUUAUGAUAGAGCAGAAAAUGAUUUACUUAUGAGUGAGUUUACAGAAGGCUUAAAACACACUGCUUUUAAUUUUCGUGGGCCCACAAAAUGUAAUUGUAUGCCAGCGUGUACAUCUUUAACUUACAAUGCAGAAAUAUCCCAAGCAAAUUUUGAUUUGGAAGAAAUGCUUGCUGCUGGAGGUGACACAUCAUUUUUGGAAGAAUUUCCCGGAUCACAAAUGUCGCGUUUAUCUAUUUAUUUUAAAGAAAGUCAGUUUAUAACUUCAAAACGCUCUGAGUUGUACGGUAUUACAGAUUUUUUAGCUAAUUGUGGUGGUAUAUUUGGACUCUUUAUGGGGUUUUCCAUUUUAAGUAUGGUUGAAAUUUUUUAUCAUGCCACUUUGAGAUUAAUUUCAAACAUUAUACGUUUAGCUAAAAAUAGAAAUAGAAAUUAAUAUGCAAAUAAUAUUUAAUAAGU